AUGUGUUGGAUUGAAAAAGUAAGGAAAAUUCGUCUACUGCCAUCAAUAGUUUGCGGCCUAAGCAUAAACAAGACAGAGUCUCACCUUCGAGCCACCUUUGAGCCACCUUAUAGCCUCACCUUCGAGCAACCUCAUACCCUCACCUUCGAGCCAACUUAUAACCUCACCUUCGAGCCACCUUAUAACAUUACCUUCAAUCCACCUAAAAGCCUCACCUUCGAGUCACCUUAUAGCCUUACCUUCGAGCCACCUAAAAGCCUCACCUUUGAGCCACCUUAUAGCCUCACCUUCGAGCAACCUCAUACCCUCACCUUCGAGCCACCUUAUAGCCUCACCUUCGAGCAACCUCAUACCCUCACCUUCGAGCCAACUUAUAACCUCACCUUUGAGCCACCUUAUAGCCUCACCUUCGAGCAACCUCAUACCCUCACCUUCGAGCCAACUUAUAACCUCACCUUUGAGCCACCUUAUAGCCUCACCUUCGAGCAACCUCAUACCCUCACCUUCGAGCCAACUUAUAACCUCACCUUCGAGCCACCUUAUAACAUUACCUUCAAUCCACCUAAAAGCCUCACCUUCGAGUCACCUUAUAGCCUUACCUUCGAGCCACCUAAAAGCUUCACCUUUGAGCCACCUUAUAGCCUCACCUUCGAGCAACCUCAUACCCUCACCUUCGAGCCACCUCAUAGCCUCACCUUCGAGCCACCUCAUAGUCUCACCUUCGAGCCACCUCAUAGCCUCACCUUCGAGCAACCUCAUACCCUCACCUUCGAGCCACCUUAUAGCCUCACCUUCGAGCCACCUCAUAGCCUCACCUUCGAGUCACCUUAUAGCCUCACCUUCGAGCCACCUAAAAGCCUCACCUUUGAGCCACCUUAUAGCCUCACCUUCGAGCCACCUCAUAGCCUCACCUUCGAGUCACCUUAUAGCCUCACCUUCGAGCCACCUAAAAGCCUCACCUUUGAGCCACCUUAUAGCCUCACCUUCGAGCCAACUUAUAACCUCACCUUCGAGCAACCUCAUACCCUCACCUUCGAGCCAACUUAUAACCUCACCUUUGAGCCACCUUAUAACCUCACCUUUGAGCCAACUUAUGACCUCACCUUUGAGCCACCUUAUAGCCUCACCUUCGAGUCACCUUAUAGCCUCACCUUCGAGCCACCUAAAAGCCUCAGCUUCGAGUCACCUUAUAGCCUCACCUUCGAGCCACCUAAAAGCCUCACCUUCAAGUCACCCUAUAGCCUCACCUUUGAGCCACCGUAUAGCCUCACCUUUGAGCCACCUUAUAGCCUCAUCUUAGCAAAAUCGUUUACUACAGUAAAUCAUUGUCUCUAA